AUGGCAACAUCCUCGCCUAACAUGGCUCAUGCCAACGAUAAAACCGUCAGCGAUGACGAGAAGAUCGCACUACCCAAGGACUCGGAUUCUUCGUCUGGCCAUAUUGAUACUGUUGAGGAAGCGGCAGCGCCUGGUGCAGACGUUAUGGUUGUCGACAAGGCAACUGAAAGGGCGGUUUUGAGAAAAGUGGACUUACGCAUCGUUCCAAUGAUAUGCUGGGUCUAUCUUAUGAACAUGAUGGAUCGAGUCAAUAUCGGGAAUGCUCGACUUUUCCAUAUGGAAAGAGAUCUUGGCCUGACUGGCAAUCAGUUCCAACUCGCAGUCUCGUUGCUGUUCGUCACCUAUUGCUUAUUUGAAGCCCCAUCGAACAUGAUCAUCAAGAAAAUGCAGCCAGCACGCUAUCUCGCUGGCUUGACUAUUGCGUGGGGUCUUACUGCGACGUUCAGCGCAUUUGUCAACAACCUGGGCUCGCUCCUCGCCUGCCGCUUGCUUCUAGGUCUAUUCGAAAGCGGCUUCUUCCCCGGAGUAGUACUUUAUCUCUCUAUGUUUUACGGCCGUCGCAGUUUAGCACUUCGCAUUGCCUACUUCUAUUCAACAGCUGCUUUGUCCGGUUUGUGUGGCGGACUUGUGGCAUACGGGAUUGGCCAUAUGGAUGGUGCCGCUGGAUGGAGUGCUUGGAGGUGGAUUAUACUCAUCAAUGGUGCACCUACGAUCAUUACUGGGUUGGUAAUUCCCUUUGUCCUGCCCAACUCUCCUGAAACCGCGAAGUUUCUCAAUGAAAAAGACCGACAGGUCCUCGUCAAUAUCCACGAGGCCCAACUCGGUCGCGCUAGGAAUCUGCGGCACAUGGAAUGGCCUGAUGUGAAAGACGGAAUGAAGGACUGGACCACUUGGGCCUACUGCUUUGCUCUCUUCCCCCUAUUGACCAUGUUAUACUCAUUCGUUGUGUUCCUACCAACUAUCAUCAACGAGAUGGGCACCGGUUGGAGCCCGACCAUCGUGCAGGCCAUGACAGUGCCCGUAUACGCUUUCGGCGCUAUCAUAUACCUCAUCUGCGCCCGUCUUUCAGAUCUCACCCAGCGCCGAGGAUAUUUCAUCAUUGGCUCUAUCAUCUCGUCCAUGGUGGGAUAUGGCAUGCUGCUUUCGAACUCGGGUACUGCUACCUCGUACGCUGGGACGUUUUUCGUCGCGGUCGGAAUCUUCACCGGUGCGGGCAUCUCGUUCGCCUGGGUGCCGACAAACAAUCCUCGCUACGGCAAGCGGGCUUUCUCCACAGGCAUGCAUCUCACUAUCGGAAACUCUUCAGGCGUAGCAUCUCCCUUCCUUUUCAGCCAAUCCUUUGCCCCGGCCUUCACAACUAGUUACGCUGCGUCAAUCGGUUUACUUGGGGUUUCCCUUGUCCUUAACACCAUCCUACAUCUGCAUUUCAAGCGACAGAAUAAACUCCGUGAUGAAGGGAAACAAGACUACCGGAUGGAAGGUCUUACGGAUGUGGAAAUUGAGGCAUUGGGGGAGAAGAGUCCUCGCUUUCGCUUUGCAGUGUAA